AUGAGGACUUUUGGGUAUGCACUUGGUACUUUUGCCAAAAUAUCUGUCAAUGUCAAUCGCAGCAUGUCAGACCAGUUCUAUCGCUACAAGAUGCCCCGUCUGAUUGCCAGUGAGGGCAAAGGAAAUGGAAUCAAGACAGUUAUAGUCAACAUGGUUGACGGAGCCAAAGCACUUAAUCGGCCUCCUACAUAUCCCACCAAAUAUUUUGGUUGUGAGCUGGGAGCACAGACCCAGUUUGAUGUUAAGAAUGACUGUUACAUCGUCAAUGGAUCUCAUGAGGCGAAUAAGCUGCAAGACAUGUUGGAUGGAUUCAUAAAAAAAUUUGUUCUCUGUCCUGAGUGUGAGAAUCCUGAAACAGAUCUGCAUGUCAAUCCAAAGAAGCAAACAAUAGGUAAUUCUUGUUAAGCCUGUGGCUAUCGAGGCAUGCUUGACACACAUCAUAAACUCUGCACAUUCAUUCUCAAAAACCCACCUGAGAAUAGUGACAGUGGUACAGGAAAGAAAGAAAAGGAAAAGAAAAACAGUAAGGGCAAGGACAAGGAAAAUGGCACUGUGUCCAGCAGUGAGACACCACCACCACCACCACCACCACCAAAUGAAAUCAAUCCCCCAGAUGCUGUGGAAGAAGAGGAGGAUGAUGACUGGGGGGAGGAUACAACAGAGGAAGCACAGGUGAAUAAAUAGAGGAGAAUGGACGAAAUCAGUGACCAUGCAAGAGUUUUAACCCUCAGUGAUGAUUUGGAAAGGACUGUUGAAGAGCGUGUCAAUAUCUUGUUUGAUUUUGUUAAGAAAAAGGAAGAAGUGGGUAUUAUUGACUCAUCUGACAAAGAAAUUGUAGCUGAAGCAGAAAGAUUGGAUGUAAAGGCCAUGGGCCCUCUUCUUUUGACUGAAGUUCUUUUUAAUGAGAAGAUUAGAGGACAAAUUAAGAAAUACAGGCACCAUUUCUUACAAUUUUGCCACAACAACAGAAAAGCUCAACAGUACCUUCUUCAUGGUUUGGAGUGUGUGGUAGCAAUGCAUCAAGCUCAGCUCAGCUCCAAAAUUCCACAUAUCUUGAAGGAGAUGUAUGACUCAGACCCUUUGGAAGAAGAAAUCAUCAUUAGCUGGUCGGAAAAGGCUUCUAAGAAACAUGUCUCAAAAGAACUUGCCAAAGAGAUCCGUGUCAAAGCGGAACCAUUUAUAAGAUGGUUGAAGGAAGCCGAGGAAGAAUCUUCUGGUGGUGAAGAUGAUGAUGAAGAUCAGAAUAUCGAGGUGGUGUAUUCGAAGACUGCCAGCGUAUCAAAAGUUGAAGCUGUGAAGUCUGACAACAAGGAUGAUGACAUUGAUAUUGAUGCCAUUUAAAGGGGUGGGUGUAGCCCAGCUUAACUGUGUAAUGCUGAGAAUCUUUUUGCAUCAUCAGCCUGAAGUGCAACGUGGAUGUGCAAAAGCUAAAAUGGCUUAACAUCAUGCUACACUUUCUACUAAAAAUGUAUUGCUGUGAGUGUCUGUAAUUAAACCCAACAAGACAUCUAGGGAAUCCAUACACAUCAGUGAGCAGGUGUAGUUUGUUUAUUUAUAGCAUGUUUCUUUUUGAAAAAUCAGUGGUGGACACAUUUGGAUCACAUUUAUACAGUUACAAAAAUAAAGAUUUGAUUUUGGUCAUUCUUCAGAUUUGGGGCUCAAAUGACUUAAGUUGAAAUGGCUCCUUUAAAAAAUGUUGCACCAUCAUUUCACUUGAUAAGAUUAUUGGAGCCUGUUAGUAUUGUUAGGUGCUGAGACUAUAAAGAGGUCUUCAGCAGAAUGUGAACUGUAAACUUAUAAUUAUCUUAAGCCAUUAAGAAAUAGUACUUUGAAGUCUUAUCUUUAGUCCUUCACGUUGGCAUGUGGUAAUGUCCAUUUCUCCCGUGCCAAGCUGGACUGGUUACCAGAUGACCAUGAAACACUUUACCGAAGAAGUUGAAAUGACCUGAGUGUCCUAUAAAUAAUUUUAAGAGCAGGUUUUGAAACUUGAAUUGUGUUUUUUUUUUUUUCAGUUCUUCUAUACUUGCCCCGAAUUGUAGUCUUUGAGGUCAUGUGCAUUGCACAUUGGAUGAACCAGGGGAAUUAUUACAUUAACAUAUAAGCAUUUUAUGUGUAUGUAGCUGUUGCUUUAUACCUAGAAAACGGAAACUUUGGGGAGUGAUUAAAUAGCUCUAUGAUUUUAUUUGGGGGAAGCAGGAAAAGGUGCACUUGAUCUCUAGCAAAAACUGAGCAUAAUUUUUCAUCAUUUACUCUUGUGACACAACUUCCAAUUUCAGAAUGUUUAGACAUAGUGUAUCUUUUGUUCAGUGCAGAUUUUCCCCUAGAUAAUAUGGUUCUUUGAUGCCUUUUACAUAUUGGACAUACAGCUUAUGCAUUUGAGGUUGUUGUUGCUAUCUUGCCAAAAUAAGUGUCAGUUGUGUCUUGAUUUCUGCCCCCUCUCCCUCAAAUGUCUUAUUUAAAAAAAAAAAAAAAAAAAAAAAA